AUUAUGAACACUACAAUACUGUCUUCUGGAACUAUCAACACUACCAUGUUAACUUCUGAGACUUCAUCUAUAACAAUCUUCGAUUACAUCAAUUACGUUUUCCUGCCUGUAUCUGUGUUACUUGGCGUUGUUGGAAACUCACUGACUGUCCUUGUAAUGCGCACAGACCGUUUUUCCGGUUCCCCAUUUUCAUGCCUGCUAAUUGUCCUAGCUCUGUCCGAUUUGGUUGCUCUCCUCUCUCAACCCUUUAACAAGGCUUUUUUCAUUGAGUUGAUUGGACAGGAUAUCAGGGCUAUACAUGAUAUAACUUGUAAACUGUACAUUGUGAUUCGACGUACCUCCAAGAUGAUGUCAUCAUGGAUGGUUGUCGGCCUUUGUUUAGAGCGGUUUAUUGCUGUCUGGUUUCCAAUGAAAGCCAAGUAUUUAAUUUCUAAACGACUGGUAUUGACCUUUAUCAUUUCAAUCUUGGUGAUCAUCGUUUCGUUUAAUGGUGCAUGGAGCUAUGCAUCUCGGGUUCUUGAUGGACAGUGCAAUCCAGAUGUGUACGAUCACUCCGAUUCAAAUGAAAGGUUAAAGUUCGGACUGAUGCUUCAGAUGGGAACCGCUAUUUACUCUAUGGUACCGAUAGUUAUCCUAAUUUUCCUGACUACACUCAUCGUUGUGAAGUUAUUUAAACAUCAGAGAUGGCGACGGAGCUUAAAUUCACGACCUUCCAGCGACAACGAAGGCCGAAUCACAGCCAUGCUGAUAUGUAUCGUCAUCGCCUACGUCAUACUGAUUUUACCUAUCACUAUAAUACACAAUGUGGCGUAUCAGAAACAUGUGCAUGCGUACUCAGAGAAAUCCUAUAAAUUUAGCUCCUUCAAGGAAGUCGCACAAUGGAUGGAACAACUUAAUUACUGCCUUAAUUUCUUUUUGUACGUAAUGACUUCAAAGCAGUUUAGACAACUGUUAUGUAACAUUGUAUUCAAGAAUUCUAGAGUACAAUAAGAUGGAUA